GUCCCAGUUACACGGCUGCAGCUUGACAUUACGCAUCGAGAGUUAGGUUGUGGCUGCAGCCAUUUUUCAUAGAGUUGUGUGUGAUUCCAAGCCGCAGCCAAAUGAUUCGGACACGGCUACCUCUGUAAAUGAACACGCAUGAGACGUGACGGAUGACAACCUUGGAAUGGCGAACCAUUCAGCGAUCCAAAAGCUCUCGAAACAAGCGCUGGAAACUUUCAAAACAGUCCAUGGAGACAAAAGUGUCUUCCUGGAUAAACUGAACUCUCUCCGGACGAGUAUGAAUCGAAUCCGGGCCACCGAUCUUGGCAUAGAGCCCGCUGCAGCCGCGAACCGUGUCGAGCCCUCGCCAGCAGCCCCGGUCGGCUACAUGUUCGUAGCGGAGAACCCCGUGGUGUCCAUGGGAGUCUUCGUGGUGGAGCGCGGAUGUCGGCUCCCGCUGCACGACCACCGCGACAUGCACGGCGUCCUCAAAGUCCUCUUCGGCACGAUACGGGUGCGGUCCUACGAUCUCCUCACGGAAGAGCAGAGGAAGACAACCGACCUCCCAGACGUCCUCACCACAAACUCUGAGUCUGACUCGGUGAACUCAUCCACGGACCCAGACUCCCCGCUGGCGCUCCAGCAGUCGACCCUGGCAAGAACUCUCCUUCCAGUUCGGCCAAGGGGGGAGGUUGAAUUGACCCCAGACAGUGAGCCAUGUAUUCUGACCCCACUGGAGGCCAACGUGCACUCGAUAGAGUCGGUCGGUGGACGAGCAGCUUUUUUGGACAUCCUGUCGCCACCUUACGAUCCGGAAUUGGGAAGAGAUUGUGUAUACUACAAGGAAACCAGGUUCACUGACUCAAAAGAGAAUGUGGGAGAUGUGAGUUGGUUACGGAAGAUCCCACAGCCGUCCAGUUUUUGGUGUUGCCAGGAGGAAUAUUUAGGACCCACUGUUGACCUGGAUAGCUUAUAAACUGAUCUUUGGAUUUAACACAUCAUCCAAAGUUAAAGAACUGUUUGCAAUUAAUGAGCAUUAAAACCAAUGCAGCGCAGCCCACAGAUGGACUUGAACAUUUGGGGCACUUUUCUGUUUUAAUGGAGCAGCGCAGACAUUCGGGAGUUUCACAAAAUUGCAGCUGGCAACUACACCACGCCGAUGAAAACAACUGCAUUGAACGCAUGUGUGUGUGCUGAUCAAAGAAAUGAUUGUGCAACCCAAUCCUCGGACUGGCUGGUGUGUGCAUACGUCGCCACGGUCCCUGUUUUCACCGGCGCAGUACCUGUCAUUUUUCGAGAGUCCUGGAUGUCGUCGCUGCCCCAUAGCCUACAUAUCUGUAGUUUAAAGAUAACUGCAACUGUUAAAUCAAAUGUAUAGAUACAGUAGAAAAUUCAAUGUGCCAACUCUUGACUUUUUCUGUGGAAAGCGCACUUUGACUCGGACCAAUAUGUUUUAGAACUGCCUGCCUUCUACAUUGUACAACUAGACUUAUGUUUUUUCUUCCGAUUUCCCCAGGGACCUUCAAAAAAGGUUUUUUACAGUGAGGCUGACACAUUGAUUCUGGUCAUUAUUCACAAGUUCCAGCAAAGUGCUUUUCUUAUUGGUGUAGAGAUUUCAUAUGUUUAGCUUUAAAUGUUUGAUGCCAAAACAUUCAAAUGCCAACCUGCCCGGUGGACUUGAAAUCAUUUUGCUUAUGUGAAUCCGCUUGUAAACUGUAACGCGCAUUGUUUUCUCAAACCCCACAUAAGUCUAGUACAGAUUUGUAUAUUCAUUUUAAGAUUACUGAACCAUGAUGUUUGAUGAAUUCUGUCCAUAUUUCAAAGUAAAUGAAUUACAUCUUUUGUGUGGUUAUUCUUGGUUACACAAUUUUAUUUAUAACCUGUGCUCUCUAUGCAAGUUAUUUUGUGUUUAGCUUUAUCAGACUGCAAUGCUGGAAAAUAAUGAAUGGCUUGCCUAAUUGUUUGUUGAAUAAAUUUGCUUGUCACUGGUAAUAGUA